CUCCCUCUCCCUCCCUCCUCCUUUAUCUCUCUCACUCACUCUCUCUUUCUCUCCUUUAACUUUUCACCGCCUCCCACAGCAUCUUCCAUUUUUUUAUUCCACCUCAAAAGUAGAUAAUUAUAUCAAAUAUAAAAUAAAAAAACAUGCAUAUGAAGAGAGAGAAAUCCCAUCUUUGUUGCACAUAUCAUCACUUCCUUUUGUUUAGGGUUGAAGCCAUAUAUAUAACUAACAACAAACCUAUCUUCCCAUAUUCUCUAAGCCUAAGUUCUUCUCUUUGUAAGUUUCUUAUAUUCUAAAUUUGAAUCAAACAAAUUGAACAUGUUAACAAAAAUGAAUGAAGUAGAACUCUCAAAUGUUAAUUUCCUUCAAAAUUCAACUACUAGUGCUUCCAUUAAUCCUCCUCCUUUGAAGAGAAAAAGAAACCUCCCCGGAAAUCCAGAUCCUGAAGCUGAAGUUAUCGCUUUAUCGCCGAAGACUUUAAUGGCAACAAACAGAUUCUUGUGUGAAACAUGCGGGAAGGGUUUUCAAAGAGAUCAGAAUCUACAACUACAUCGACGGGGACAUAAUCUUCCGUGGAAGCUUAAGCAGAGAACAAACAAGGAAAUAAAGAAGAGAGUUUAUGUCUGUCCUGAGAAGAGUUGUGUUCAUCAUGAUCCUUCAAGAGCACUUGGUGACUUAACUGGGAUAAAAAAGCACUUUUGUAGAAAGCACGGUGAAAAGAAGUGGAAGUGCGAGAAGUGCUCAAAACGCUAUGCUGUUCAGUCAGAUUGGAAAGCUCAUUCGAAAACAUGUGGUACUAGAGAAUACAAAUGUGACUGUGGAACUAUCUUUUCAAGGAGAGAUAGCUUCAUAACUCAUAGAGCUUUCUGUGAUGCCUUAGCAGAAGAAACGGCAAGGGUAAGUGCAGCCUCAGAAAUAAACCACAACUCAUUAAGGGGUAACAUUGGUAAUAAUUACAACAUAAUGGGAACAUCUUUAGUCCCUAACAACAACAUGUCAACUCAUUUUCCUUCAAUUUUCAAAACAAUUUCAUCUCCUGAUCAUCAUCAUCAUGAAACAACAACCAAUCAAACUAGAGGUCUCUCCCUUUGGAUGAGCCAAACAUCUCAGCCUCAUGAAACAAUGAUAACCACCAAUGGAAACAACAAUUUGCAUGAGAUUCAUGUUAAUCAACAUCUUGACUCAUCGUCAAGAGGAUUAAUGUACGGUGGGAUCGAGAAUCCAAACUCGAAUAACUAUCAGUUGAAUUGGGUUUUUGAAAAUAAACUUCCCUCAAAUUGUAGCCAAGAGUUAAUUACUAGCACAACAACUUCACUUCCACUAGGAAACAAUAAUGUUAAUGUUAAGGAUGUUGCUAUUCAUCAUGAUGCUACUACAAGCCAACAAUUAUCUUCCUUGUAUAGCUCACAACACCAAAUACCAUCACAUCAAACAUCAUCAUCGGCAAACAUGUCAGCUACAGCUUUGUUACAGAAAGCUGCUCAAAUCGGAGUAACCUCGACCGACACAUCAUUCCUCGGAAGCUUAGGUUUGAAAUGCAGUGACAAUACUAAUAUUGAUGUGAACAAGUUUGGUGGUGGUGCUGGUUUGUAUGGUUCAAGUUCAUUGCUCAUUAGUCUUGGAAAUGAGGAAGAUCAUAAUGCUGCAUGUGAUUUCUCACAAAUGCACCCUUCUAAACGUAGACAUGUCCAGAGUGAAGAGAAUGGAGGUGGAGGGCAAACUAGGGAUUUUCUUGGUGUUGGUGUGCAAACCAUUUGUCACCCUUCAUCAAUCAACGGAUGGAUUUGAUUUUAUCAUCAUGUAUAUAUAUUCACUUAUGAAUUAUUAUCUUUUAUUUUUUUCUUAA